GUUGCGGCGGUCAAGUCCCCAGCGCCCAAGCGCCUAAAGGGGGAGAAUGAUAUGCAGAAGGAACACCAAGCGGAGAUGAUAUUGCAUAAGCCUAGCUCGACUAUGUUCCUCCAAGACAUUCCCCUUGACAUAGUUCUCGAAAUACUCGGUCACGUCGAUUCCAGCAUCUCUGUUACAACUUGUCAGGACAUCGAAGUUUUCGAGGAAAUAUCUGAUGAACCGGUCGUCGAGCAAAAUCUGGAAGAAGAGCUUCACCUGCACGGACCACGGUCUCCCCUCGCCACCGACGGAUAUGGACCUACCGAGCUUCGUAGCCCUCAUCGUAGACAGGUUCUGUCAUUUCUGCCACGAAACUCCAGAUGAUGGUAUCUUGACUGUGUGGGGCGCGCGCGUGCGAUGUUGCGGUGCGUGCCAGAAUAAUAGUCGAUGCUUUGUUCGCUAUAAGAGCUUGGUGAAGUUCAAAGUAAUCAAAGACAUCAAGGCGCUUUUCCCAGCCGACUGCCCUAUGAACUAUCUUCCCCAUGUUGAUCGCUCAGGAUUUAUGGACACGCUAUAUCCAAGAUCGUGGUGUGAUGCUCUGGCUAGAGAGUUUCGGCAGCAAUCUGAGAACGGUAAAGAGAAGUGGUUCGCGGGGUGGAGGAAGAAAUGUCGUCAUAUUAUGGAACACGCCAGGAUUUGCGAAAACUGGGAACGGGAGAAAAAGAAGAGGGAGGAAGACGAGGCAAACAAAGUAUUCGACGAUCGAUUUGACGAGAUCGUCCGUAGACUGAGCGACCUGGGCUGGGAGGAAGAUAUGCAGGACGGUAUAAUACUCCACGAAAUUGCUUCGCACAAGCUUGUCAACAAGAAUCACCAGCUUACUGAAGAAGAGUGGACUGCGAUGCGCAGGCCUUUGCUGAAGAUGUUGCCCAAACUGAGCCAGGAGCGUUUGGAGGAAGAACGGGGUAUCACAUUGGCGGAACGUUACAGGAUUCUCGAAGAGGUGCAAGAUGGCCGCCUUCGCCGCAAAACUCAUUUGGAGCAAUGCUUCAUGCCCGGUAUGGGCGAUCUGGCGGACGUCAAGGAAGUCAUAGACUUUCUCGAAGGCACGUUGCUCAAGCAGAAGCUCACCAAGGAAGAUAUGCAAGCCCUCAUCGACUCCAUCCCUCAAGCGCACUGGGAUACAUGGAAUGCCUCGCGCGAGGCUGCCCUGUUGGACAUGCUCAACGAAGCAGACACGCUACGCAAGACGCCGGCGAGCGCGAACGAUCUUCAGCUUGCGACGACGGUGUUCACAUUUGUCAAGUACAGCCCCGAAUACUUCACCUACCCCGAGGUGCUGGCUUAUCAUCACUGGGUGUACUUGGAGCAUAAGAGGGCACCGCUGAACCGGGCUGCUUGGUCGACUGCGAGACUGAGCGUCGAUGCCGAACGCCAGCGCUUCGCGGCGAAGGUUGUCAAGCUGGCCGGAUUGGACCCUAAGACGGCGACGAGCGCGGAUAUGGACGCCCGCGACGUGUGGUUCGCGUCCGCGAAAAAUGUGAAGGCGUGCCAUCAGCCAUUGAAAGCCUUGCCGUGGAGACUUGCGAUUGGGUUGGACGGCGAGGGUGAUAUUGUGAAGCUACCCGUCAAACGCAUCGCGCAAGCCCGGGAGGUACGUGCACGGAAUAGUAACGAUUCUCCGAUGACAUGCGUUACGAUCGCCAGAGGGAAAUAGACUUGAGGGUGGGGCGAACAAUACCGUAAACCUCGUCGUACUUGUGCUUAAUAAACAGAGGCCCAGUGCAAGCAUGGAUCGUGGCUCG